AUGGCUGCCCCUCCUCGAGUCAUUGUGACACCCAACCCAAAGCCAGAGCGGCACAGAAGUGUCAACAGGCAUACGCGACUAGCUGACACUGGCGCAUGGGUCGACAGACAAAUCGCGACCUCGUCUGCCUCGCGAAUCAACACCUGGGUCUGUGACCAGCAACGACUUUGUUCAGACCGGGAAAUGCCGAAAUACCGACGACCAUGGGAGGAUGUUGUCUCCCUGUACAGCAUUGGGGAGAAUGUGCGAUGGAUUAAAACCGAACGAAUCGACGAUGUCAGGAGGCGGGUCGAUUCACGGAUCCGACAACGCUUGGACUCGGAGAAUAUCGGUAUUCAGCGGGAUCGAGCGGUCCGGGAGGGAUGGAAACGAUAUGAGAGUGGGUGGGAAAAUGUGGAUAAGGCAGAGGCUGGGAAGUUGGCGUUUGCUGAAAUUCCGUGGCCGUUGCCACUGGGGCACACAUUGAAGACGACCGACGACAUUAUUGGAAAAGAUGUGGAGGCAUUCUUGCUGUCACCACUUCAUUCGGUGGGCCAGAGCAGGAAGGAACGCGUCCGGCAGGCUCUGCUUCGAUGGCAUCCAGAUCGUUGUCGAGGCUGGUUGGCCAAGGUGAAGGAAAGAGAUCGGGCGAAAGUUGAAACUGCUGCUGGAGUGGUGGCGAGACAGGUCAACGAGAUCAAGUCACGUUUAUAA